AUGCAGCCAUUAGUUUUUUCCCCAAAUGCUUCCUCCUACAUUGGCCGACAUGGGGAACCCCCUCUGUCACGCACUGGCUUCAUCAUUCUCGCCAUCAUUAUGGCCAUUUUCACCGUUCCGGCCAUCAUACUCAACGCUACAGUGAUCAUCGUGUCACUCCUGCACAAGCAGCUGAGGCAGCCGCUCAACUACGCUCUGAUGAACAUGGCUGUGGCUGACCUGGGAACAGCUAUGACCGGAGGGGUGCUGUCUGUGGUCAACAACGCUCAGGGGUACUUCUCCCUGGGAAGAACAGGAUGUGUGAUGGAGGGCUUUGCAGUGUCCUUCUUUGGCAUCACAUCUUUGUGCACAGUCGCUCUGAUCGCAGUGGAGAGGAUGUUUGUUGUGUGUAAGCCGUUGGGGCAAAUAACCUUUCAGAAAAAGCAUGCCUUCGGAGGUAUUGCCAUAUCCUGGCUGUGGUCCCUCAGUUGGAACUUACCUCCCCUGUUUGGCUGGGGCAGGUAUGAGCUAGAGGGCGUCGGGACAUCUUGUGCACCAGACUGGCACAACCGAGAGCCUUCGAACGUCUCCUAUAUCCUGGCUUACUUUGCAGUGUGCUUUGCAGUUCCCUUUUUCAUUAUCUUGGCAUCCUACACAAAGUUAAUGUGGACAUUACACCAGGUAUCAAAGAUGGACUAUUUGGAAGGUGGUGCAGUAGCUAAAGGAGAGAUGAAGGUGGCGUCCAUGGUGGUUAUGAUGGUCCUCACAUUUCUCAUCAGUUGGUUGCCAUAUGCCGGCUUGGCCAUGCUGGUGGUCAACAACCCUGAUGUGGUGAUUUCCCCGCUGGUAGCCACAGUGCCUGUUUACCUGGCCAAGAGCAGCACUGCGUACAAUCCUAUCAUCUAUAUCUUCCUCAACAAACAGUUUCGUAAAUACGCAGUGCCCUUCCUGCUGUGUGGGAAAGAGCCCUCGGUGGAUGAUGAGGUGUCAGAGAUGACGACUAUAGAGCCUACAACCAACAAAGUGUCUCCCGCCUAA